AUGGCUGCAACUACCCUUCCUUCCAUGGUAGAAGUAGAAUCACCAUCCAAGCCUGUCCAAGAACUAGCCAAAAACAGCAGAAAUGAAUUUCCAGAAAGAUAUAUCUACAAAGGGGGAAAUAUCGAUCUCUCUCUUCCUGUGUUGGAUGUUCCAGUUGUCGACCUUAGCCUCCUCUCAUCUUCAUCACCCGCCGGAGAAGAACAACUCAUAAAACUCAACUCAGCCCUCAACUUUUGCGGUUGCUUUCAGGCUAUAAAUCAUGGAAUGACAAGCUCAUUCCUAGACCAAGUCCAUAAUGUGGGCAAACAAUUCUUUGCACUUCCAAUAGAAGAGAAGCAGAAAUACUCGAGAACAGUUGAUGACAUUGAAGGGUAUGGGAAUGAUUCAGUUCUUUCAGAGAACCAGACUCUUGAUUGGACAGACCGGUUGUACCUUAUAGUAAAUCCAGAGGAUCAGAGGAAGCUCAAGUUUUGGCCCAAAAAUCCUGAAAGUUUUAGGUAA